UUUGUUCGGAUCAGAAAGUCUGCUACCAAUAUCUUUGGAAAACUUCUGUUGCAUAUUUCUCCAUUUUGAAAUGUACCCUCUCACCAGAUACCUCCUAUAUUUCCAUAUUGUAUACAAAGGAUGUGUAAAAAGAAAGUGCUUGAAACAUCUGAAAUUUUUAGAAAGGAAAGAAAAACGAGAAAGUCCCCCCUUCCUAAUGCACCCCUUGUGCUCAGGCUGGGCCAUAGAGGGGUUUUGUUUUCCUUUCACUUCAUGCUUCCCUCCAGCGUUGGUUCAUUCUCAUCAAUCAUGGGUUUUUGAAGGUGGCUAGAUUUGUCCAUCGCCAGCAAACAAUCAUCAGUAGUUCAUCAGUAGUUCGUAUUGCUUUACUUGUGCUGGCCUCCACGGAUGAAACCAACCAAGCUGUCUCAGCAAGCUUCUUGCGGGUGGGGGUGGGGAUUCUAUGCAAGGACUGACGUAAAGUCGUUCACAAUCAAAGCAACAGCAACAGUUCAAAUCACAGAUGAAGGAACAAAUUCUUUUUGUCAUUGCUCGUGGGUAUCGGUCCUUCUAUCAGUCAUCUCAUUUCCCCUUCUCAUGUCCAUGCUCCUCUUCCUUAUGACAUGUUUCCGUCACGUCCUUUCUGUGAAAGGUUGCUUAGCUUUUAAAAUUUUUUUUUACAUUUUGCUUUUGCUAUUCUUUUAUAUAAAAAAAAUAGAUUGGAUAGAUGUGUACAUUAGGUGUUUGAAAUUCUCUGAAAAUCCAGCGUAAGGAAACCAGGUGUGGGGAGGGCUCACUAGUUGUCUGAGGAGAGCUUUAGCUGACCAGAACUUAACCUGGCUCAUCCUUUUCAGUGUUUUCAGAGGAGAGUUUGAACACUGCUUACCGAGAAAUCUCUAUCAGCUGGUGGGUGCUCCUGUAGGUAGCCGAACAAUUGAUUGCCUUUUGGAUUUUAGGAUAGAAAUCAAAGUAGAACACAUCAGUAAGAGCCUCUUUCUCCUCUUUCUUCCAUCUUUUAGAACAAACUAUUCAGUAAUCAGAGAACUCUUCUUGAGUCUGUUGUAACAUAUGUAUAUUUUUAGAUGCCACUACUUUUUUCUCAAAUGCUUGUUCUGUGAAUUUUCCUUCAUAUUCCAUCUCACACGAGUGGUUGAGGUCAGUAGGUGGCUCACUAACAUUUUCGUUUGCAAACCUCACUCCCAUCCAUGUCUCUGCCGUAACGCUGCUGUAGUGUGCAAACUGUGAUACAGAGGUUCCUGGCAGUGGCUUCUGAUAAUUAUUUAUGCCUUUAGAAUACCUUUCAGCUCAUUAAACCUCAGUCCAUUUCAGUUUGCUUUUCUCAAUGUGUACAAUACAAGCAUAUUCUCCUCCCUCUCGUCAUCUCCCCCUUUUGUUUUUUAAUGUUCUGUAGUUUUGUACAAGACAAGACUUAGCCUUGGUAUUGCUGAAGCUUUAAUGCUUUGUCAAUAAAAUCAGGUGUUUAUUAAAGAACAGGUGUAGAUGCUUGUUUGUAGGCACUGAUCACUUCCUAAACUCACUGCACUUUGCUUGGUAGGACAGAAAAGGCAGCUUCUGUGCUGAUACAAGAUCUUCUCUGUGGACACACAGAGCUGGGAGGGGUGAGGGAUGGUCAGGUUGUUCAGGUUUCUGCCUCUGGAUGUUAUAAACAAUUCAAACAAAAGGUGGGAAAUUGAAAAGAUUAGGAAUGAUCUCUCUUCAAAUUUUUACAUUCAAUGUAAGUAUGUAUAACUGCUCUGUAGAGGCCUCGUGCCAGGAGGUGUUCUGGAGGUUAUGAAAGACAAGCAGAGCUUCCUGCCUUCAAGGAGCGUUCUUAACCCGUAAGUACAGUUAAAUUCCUCGUUGCUGGCCUUUUCCACCCAGUAGAUUAAAUUAUUUUUAGAACCCAUUGAAUAUUUACUGUCUCUUAAACAAUGUUUCAUAAGAUAUACUUAAGUCUUUGCUUUUCAUUAUCAAAUCUGAGUGUUUCUGUAUUAAUCUUUUCUAUUAUGUGACUGAGAAUCUGUCUUUGACAUCAUAGCUGUUUCAUAGCAACACUGGUGUGGGGGAAAGAAUAAGAUUCCUCUAUUCUAUAGAGUAAAGGGGAUAGGCCAGGCCGAGAGACAGGGACAGUUAGGCAUCCUCUCCUGAAAAUUUCUUUGGUGCCUUUGGGAGGGAAAAGUGCCUAGAAGAUUGAGAAGAGCUGCAUUUAAUACAGCCUACCUUGCUGAUUAACAUUUGGAUUCUAAAAGGGCUUGAGGCCCUUGUCUUCAUGAAUUUUCACUUCUAUUUGAAAUUCCUUUCACACGAACAGUAUUUCACACUUUCCAAAGUAUUUUUUGUGCACUGUCAUUUGAAGGUUUUCAUUUACAAAGGAGGAAUUAGAAAUAGAACAUUUAGGAAGAAGUCAUUUACCUUCCAGUCCAGAGUUUCUUAAUCCUUUUUGUAGAAGGUUUGGGAGCAUUGAGAGUCAGUAACUUAAUUCAGGUUAAUCCUCCUUCUCUAAGACUCGUUAUUUGAUUUCUUAUUUGUCAGAUUUAACUGGGAUUUUGAAACCCUUUAAAUUAGAUUCCACAAUCUGGCGGGUGGGGAAAGAGUGAGGAAAAGUCUAUCUUCAGUACAUUUGAGGUAAUUUGGUAAUUCACUUCCGCUUCUAAAGUCUCCAUCUUUCUGUUCCCAAGAGGUGCAUUUAAAUUCAGUAAAAGGAUGUGGAAAGAAUGAAGACCCGUAAGGUGGUCAUUAACUAGCAGAGGUGGGAAAGCAGCAACACUGGGGCUUUUUCCCCUGCCCUGUGGCCUCGCCUGGUAACGAGGAUUGGACUGUGUUUUGUUAAGUGGCAGUGUUUCAUUGGUGAUGCAAGCAUCAUAUCUUUUGAUUGUGAAGGAUAUCUCAUGUCGGAGGAAUUGAGUUACACUAUCGUAGAGGAUGCAACUGGAAUAUUUUGGGGUGUUGGCUGAGGGUGGUGAAAUGUCACUGAGACAUGAAGACUCUGGUCAUUAGUUUUAUCCUGGGAAGUCUGGUGUUGGCCCUCUGUCUGCCUUUGGAGGUGACUUUACCUAAAACACUGGCCAUCCCUAAGAAGCUACAAGAAGCCGUGGGGAAAGUUAUUGUAAAUGCCACAACCUGUACUGUCACCUGUGGCCUUGGCUACAAGGAGGAGACCAUCUGUGAGGUGGGCCCGGAUGGAGUGAGGAGGAAGUGUACAUCUCAGCGCUUGGAGUGUCUGACCAACUGGAUCUGCGGGAUGCUCCACUUCACCGUCCUCACGGGAAGGGAGUUUGAGCUGAGCUGCCUGAGUCCAGACAUCCUGGAGAUCGGGCGGGAAGCUUUCCGCUUCACCUGGAGACUCGCUCGGGGCAUCAUCUCGACUGAUGAUGAAGUCUUCAAGCCCUUCCGUGGCAGUUCCCAUUUUGUGAAGUUUGACUCCGUCCAGGAGUAUGACUCUGGGACCUACCGGUGUGAUGUGCAGCUGCUAAAAAACUUGAGACUUGUCAAGAGGCUCUAUUUUGGGCUGAGGGUCCUUCCCCGUAACUGGGUGAACCUGAAUUUUCAUCAGUCCCUUACUGAGGAUCAGAAGUUAGUAAAUGAAGGCCUGGAAGUGAAUCUGGGUAACCAUUCCAGCCCUCACCGUCCACCAUGGAGAAAGAAGGUGGCUAUAACCUUGGGAAUAGGAGUUGCUAGUGGAGUGAUGGGCGGUGUGGUGGUGAGCAUUGUCUUGUGCAGGAGGCUGAGGGUGACCAGUAGCAACGCCAGCCUGAAGACCUAACAGGCCUUGCUCUUGAAGGGCUGGCUGCCUGAUUGUGGAUCAGCUAAGAGGGAGGGCUUCCAGGGCCAAAAGAGCGAGUAGGAGAUGUGGAGAAGGGGCUAUAUCAUGGUAGGUAUGGGCAGUGAUCCCUAACUUCUUGUGUCCAAGAUGGAUCCUUUCCUGGACUUCCCUGCCCACUAGAUACCCAGGGGACAUGCCUGCAGGCACCUCCGCUACUGCCAGGGAGACUUGUGUCUUCUGAGCCUGCGUCCGUGUUCUGGGCUUCACAGCUUGUACGCCUCCCCACCUCUCCCUCCCUUCUGAGACGCAUGCUCACAUAGACGGGUAUAUUCAUGAUAGCUUUUCUGGUGAAAACAUUUUUUUCCCUCUUCAAUAAAAAUGAGA